AUGCAUCUGUCCCAGGCCCUGUCCAUCCUGCUCCUCUGCCUCCCGCUCUUGCUGGGGAACAGAGCUGUGUGGCAGUUCAGGGCCAUGAUCCUCUGCACCGUGCCCGACAGCUGGCCCAUCCUGGACUAUGUGGACUAUGGCUGCUACUGUGGUCUGGGCGGCUCUGGGAAACCAGUGGAUGAACUUGACAGGUGUUGCCAGGUUCACGACCACUGCUACAGUGAUGCCCUGCAGCACGCAGACUGUUGGCCCAUUCUGGACAACCCCUACACAGAACUCUAUCACUACAGGUGUAAUGCAGCCACCAAGACUGUCACCUGUUUGGAGAAAAACGACCCGUGUGAGCAGUUCAUCUGUGAGUGUGACAGGAAGGCGGCGGAAUGUUUUGCUGAAGCUGGAUACAAUGAAGACAACGCACAUCUGCCCAGUGACCGCUGCAAAUAA